AUGCAUACACUCAGAGCUAGCAGUUUACAUACCUCCUUCGGGAACAACAAUGCGAUCAGAGCACUACUCCGGGGCGGAUUAGUCAAGAAGCGAGCCAACAAGCUCGAUCUCGAGUCGUUUUGUUGCUCGGACUUUCAUAUAUUCAAACAGAACAGCAUGCGAUCUUUUUCAGUCGUUUCAUGUCUUCAAAACGUGGUUCAACAUCCAGCAACUCAACAAUCAGAGACAUCCUCCAAGUCCAUUGGAAGUAUUUACAUUGAAAGAACAAACAUCGGAAUUUAUGGAGCAAUGAAUAGCGGAAAAUCAACUCUCAUGAAUUGUCUUACCAAAUCCAAUACAAGUAUCGUGGAUGCAACUCCAGGAACAACUGCCGAUGUAAAGAUUACAACAAUGGAAAUUCAUGGAAUUGGCCCAACAAAAUUGUUUGACACUCCUGGCACUGAUGAAGCUUCGGAAUUGGGCGAAAAAAAGAGACAAAAAACAAUCACAUCGUUAAAGGAAUCGGACUUGGCUGUGGUAGUCAUUGACCCUUUUAACUCAAGCAGCGUUGUACAAUGCAAAUGGCUCAUGAACGAAUGCGAAAAAUAUGGGAAACCCUUCUGUGUUUUAUUCAAUGUUUCAGAUCAGAAGAGAUCUGAGGCAAAAGUCGAAAAUUUAAGUGACAAAUUAGAUAGUAUUGAGACAGAACUGAAGAUCAACGAAUUCGACCAGUCCUCUGGAGUUAACAAAUUAUUUUGUGGAGCUACUUGUGUGGAUUUACAGUCGCCAAUUGCCCACUCAAAAUGUAUCAAGUUCCUUGAGGAUUGCUUUAGAAAGAGCAAAUUAAGAAUGGAUCUUGGUCCUGCACCAUUGCCAACAAAGCUGCUUCCAAAAAUGGAGGAAGACACCACUGUAUUUCUAAACAUUCCAAUGGAUGAAGAGACUCCAUCAGGACGCUUACUAAAGCCACAAGCAAUGGUUCAUGAAUAUCUACUUCGAGAAUAUAGUAAUGUAUUUUCGUAUCGAAUGAAUUUGAAAAAUGCAAGAAGUCAAGAUAAAGAACUCGUAGAAAAGGAACGAAAGAGAUUUGUUGAAAUGGUAAAAUCUCUCAGAGAUAGAAGUAAGCUGAAACUCUUAAUUACAGAUUCACAAGCAAUGGAUAUAGUACAUCCAUGGACCAUUGACCCAGAAACAAAGGAGAAUAUUGUAGAUAUUACCACUUUUAGCGUCAUCAUGAUUAAUUUUAUGAGCUCUGGUCGAUUACCUGAAUUCUUAAAAGGAAUUGAUGCCUUCAAAAAUCUUAAAAACGGAGAUUCUGUUCUUUUAUGUGAGGCAUGUAAUCACAAUAGAAUUGCAGAUGAUAUUGGAACUGUUCAAAUACCGAGAGCCAUUGAGAAGCGUUUUGGAAAGGGAGCUAUUCAGGUGGAUACUGUCUUUGGAAGGGAGUAUCAACUAAUUAAGGAUCUCUCUCAAUACAAAUUAAUCAUUCAUUGUGGAGGGUGCAUGAUUGAUAAACAAAAGAUGAAUGCUCGCCUUACUGACCUUGCCAAAGCUGGAGUACCAAUUACAAACUAUGGGCUUCUUCUCUCUUUUCUCCAAUCAGAACAUGCACUGGCCAGAGUGACAAAACCCUUCAUGCACACCACUCCAUAG